AUGCCAAGCUAUAUCAGCGAAUCAUCUGAGGAAAUCUUGUACUGGGCUUACGCGGAUGCCAUAUACGGCAUACCGGAGAAGUGCUUCUGCGGGCGGGUUGUGAAGUUGAAAGCAAACGCAGCCGGUCGCAAGUACUAUGCCUGCCCGGAAUGGGUCAACGAGGCAACGUUUGAUCACAUCCACCAAUGGUGGGAUGACGGGGUCACCGAACAGUUUGAGAUCCUCGUGAGUAGGAUAGAGCAGCAGAAGGACCUGAUCCUCAGCGUUGAUCAGAGUGGAAGCAACGUUCUCGAUCCAGCCAUAGGAGAAAUCCGUGAAGAGCUAUCAACGAUUCAGGGAGAAGUCCGUGAAGAGAUAUCAACGCUUAAGGGAGAAGUCAUGCAUUUGAAGGAGCAGCUUAGUACUCAAGCUGCACUAAAGGAGAAAUCAUCGGGUCAGAAUGACAACGGCGUGAUGAAGCUCGCACAUGAGAUCUUCUUCAAUGACUACGGCAUCAAGUUUGGCCUGGAACAUGCAUGGAGAGAGUUGAGGCACGACCAAAAAUGGUGCACGAGUGGCAAAGCUCCGGACGGUGCGUCAUCAAAAAGAAGAAAGGUGGCAGACUCGGCUCAGUCUACAACCUCCAUGCCUGCAAGCGAGAAUGACCAAGAGUUCGAGGCUCAUCCGCCUGAAGUGAAAGCUUCUAAGGCCAGUGUGAAAAAGUCAGCAAGUGCCAAAGCCGACAACAAGGACAUGAAGAAGUUUUCUUCCAUGUGGGAAAUGAAACAAAGGGAUCUAGAGCUCAAAGAUAAGAUUAGAGACAAGAGGAUACUUGAGAGCCUUUUAGCUAAAACUGAACCACUUAAUGAGAUAGAUAUGGCACUUAAAACCAAGUUAAUUAGAGCUAUAUAUGAUCUUUAG